UGAUGAGGGGGGCAUGCGGAGCCAAGUGGUGGGACAGUUGAGUUUCAGAGUCCUAGAAGUUGGUCAGUCUCGGUGAAACUAUGGUCUCCGCGUCUUGGCUUUUGGCUCUCGGCUUGUGCUGGUCGGCGUUGGGCGGCGGAGCGAAGCUGUCAGAGCUCGGAGGUGAUGAGGAGCGACAUGUUUUAGAGAGGACCGAGCUGUCGAGGCGCAGCGCAGGACUGAAUGAACAGUCAUGUACAGCUCUGGCCGGAGUGGAGGCAGCCCUGCUCAACAACACCAACACUUUCACGUUCAAGGUGCGCACCAUGGGUUCACUGUCACUGGCCUGGGUGGGCGACGGAUCAGGGGUGCUGCUGGUGUUGACGACGUUUCAGGUGCCUUUGUUCAUGAUGCGUUUCGGCCAGUCGAACCUCUACAGGAGUGAAGACUAUGGGAAGACGUUCAAAGACGUGACUCAUCUGAUCAACCACACCUUCAUCCAGACAGAGUUUGGCAUCGCCAUCAGUCCAGAUCAGUCAGGGAAGGUGAUCCUGACUGGUGAUGUGUCAGAGAUCGGGGGAUUUCGACUGUUUCGCUCAAAGGACUUCGGCCUGACCUUCGUUUCAACCGACCUGCCAUUUGAGCCCCUCAUUCAGAUGCUGUACAACCCCGGAGACUGCAACACACUCCUGACGCUCAGUAUCACGUCUGAGCUGUGGCUGUCUGAGGACUUUGGCGCCACCUGGAGGAAAAUCCAUGACAGUGUGUGUUUGGUCAGAUGGGGCCCCAAGAACAGCAUCUACUUUACGACUAACAACAAUGGAUCAUGCAAUGACAAAGGAAUGUUAGAGUUGAGGAAGACGAUCGACUACGGUCAAAGUUUCCAGACCAUCGCGACAAGAGUUUACUCCUUUGUACUGGGAGGAAGAUUUGUUUUCGCUUCCAUCAUGACUGGCAUGGGUACAAAGCGGAUGAUCCAUGUGUCAGUGGACGGAGGCGAGCUGUGGAACAUGGCUCAGCUUCCCACAGUCAACCACGAGCAGUUUUACUCCAUCCUGGCAGCCAACCAGGACAUGAUCUUCAUGCACGUGGACGACCCCGGAGACUCUGGUGUUGGAACCAUCUAUGUGUCAGAUGACAGAGGAACUGUGUUCUCCAAGUCUCUGGAGCGCCAUCUCUACACAACCACGGGAAGUGACACUGACUUCACUGCCAUUACUUCACUCAGGGGCGUCUACAUGACCAGCGUACUCACAGAGGACGGUGCAGUGGAGACAGUGAUCACAUAUGACCAAGGAGCAAUGUGGGAGACGCUGCGCAGACCACAGAACAGCCACUGUAGUACUGACACCUCCACCAACAGACCAAACAGAUGCAGACUUCACAUCCACGCCUCCUACAGCACCACCAUGAGGAUGAACGUCCCCAUGCUCCCUCUCUCUCAGCCCAACGCAGUGGGCCUCGUCCUGGCCCACGGCAGCGUUGGAGAUGCAGAGUCAGCUCUCUCUCCUGAUGUGUACGUGUCUGAUGAUGGCGGCUACUCGUGGCUGUUGGCCCUUAGAGGACCCCAUCACUACGCCAUCCUGGACUCUGGAGGCCUGCUAGUCGCCAUGGAGCACACCAACUCACCGGUCAACCAGAUAAAGUUUUCAACAGAUGAAGGGCAGUGCUGGCAUACAUAUAACUUCACCAGCGACCCGCUUCACUUCAGCGGCAUGGACAGCGAACCCGGCUCUCGCUCCAUGAACGUCAGCCUGUGGGGCUACAGGAACGACUUCAGUAAAUGGGUGGUGAUCACGAUAGACUUCAGGAAGCUCCUCACCAGAGACUGUAAUGAAGGAGACUACGUGCAGUGGCUGGCUCACUCUGCAGACCCCAGCGGAUCUAAUGAUGGCUGUGUGCUGGGCUAUAAAGAGACCUUUUUACGCCUGAGGAAAGACUCUGUCUGCUGGAACGGGAGGGACUACGCAGUCACUAAGAAGCUGUCCCCCUGUCCGUGUACAGUUGAUGAUUAUCACUGUGACUUUGGGUAUUACCGGCCGGAGAACAGCUCUGAGUGUGUGGAGCAAGAGGAGAUGAAAGGCCGUCCUUUGGAGUUCUGUUUAAACGGGACCACUGAGCAGCUGCAGACCAGUGGCUACCGGAAGAUUCCAGGAGACCAGUGUGAAGGAGGCUUCCAGCCAGACAGAAAGGAGACGGACUUGAGGAGGAUGUGCAUCAGUAACGCCCUUUAUCCCAAUUCUCUGAGUGAAAACGGUUCAACAAACACUGCUGUCAUAGUGAUGGUUGUCAUAGCGAUCCUCCUGAUGAGUGCCGUCACAGGUGUUUGGCUGGUUAAGAAAUACGUCUGCGGAGGACGGUUCCUUGUGCACCGAUACUCCGUCAUGAGAGAGCAUGUCGAAGCUAACAAAAUAGAGGGAGUAGAUGAUGUUGACACCCACUACAUGGAGACAGGAAAAGCACAGUACAAUGAAGAUUCAGAUCAGGACCUCUUAGAAUAAGAUUUUCUCCCCACUUAAAGGCUCUUCAAGACUAAAUUUAAUGCAGUCUUUCAUGAUGCCUGGGCAUUCCUGUUGCUCCCACAUGCUGAUUAACAUCUGCUUCUCACUUCUUGCUAUCCCCUGGUGGCUGGAAGACUCAGCAGCAGCGGGGCACUUAUUAUAUUGCUUCCUUGUACCAGUUGAGGCUCCCACAGACAGUUGGUGGUGGUGGUGGUGGUGGUUUGGGGAGGAGGGGGGGGGACAGACCAAGACCCAGCGCAGAACAGAAGAAAGCUUCUGGACUCCUGGAGUGCUUUUGUUUUCUCUGUCACAGAAAGUUCUGUAAAGACCGUUGAGUGUGAAUAUGUGCCCUGUUGCGCUCUGUAUGAUUCCUUUCACGCUGACCCGAGAAGAGACGGCCACGAACUGCAGAGGCACGACACAGACGCUGCAACUUGGAUAUACAGAAUGUGUUAUUGAGCGUUUAGGGAACAGCCAAGCAACAGAACACAGAAACUUAUCAGUAUUUUAGCUCAGAGUUUUUGCCUGCUGUCAGUUAAGUAGUGUUUGUAAAUUUGAAACUUGCAAGAUACAGUCCUGUUGUGCAUGGUGGGCCGCUUAAAUGUUUAUUUUUUUAUCAGUUUCACCAGUCACUAAAAUUAGGAACUAGCAACAGGUUGUCUUGAAAUGAAAAUUUUACAGUUUCAUAGCAACUACUGUGACCAGCAGCACCUCUUUUUUUAAUAUUUCUGGUCACUGUUCCCAGGUAAAAACUGACCAGAAUAUUAACAGCAUCUCUUCAGGCGGUGCACUUUAGAUGAUACACUCCAAACGAAACUCUAAAAACGAUUCAGAUAAGAAUUAUUUACAUCAGUUUGAAAAAUUGGCUUAGUCUAAUUGUAGCACAUAUUUCAGCUAUCCAGUUUUGUUAUUGAUGCCGAGGUGGUUGUCGUUUGUCAUUUUACUUGUUGGGCCACUGACAAACUGAUAAACAAGUAACCAGAAGAUUUAAAACAAGUACAAACGCUUUAUAGAUAGUUGCAAAUUUAAAAUAGAAAUGCUAAUUUUAAAAGAACUUGUACCUAUUAUUAGGUGUUUUCCUGGCUCAGAAUAGGCCUUUUGCAGAGUGACUACACAAGAGUGUGCUUAUGAAAAAUAAGCACAAUCUUUCUGGGUACAGAAAAAGGCGAUGAGUCUCUGUUACCUUAUUUGACAGAAAUCUGUGCAUUUUGCUGCGAUUUCUGACCAUCUCACAAGCAAACAUGUUGAUUAUGCUUGAGUAAAUUAAGUCUUAAUUCACGAAAGAGGUUCUUAAAAAUUGUAUUAUUAUUAUUCAUUGUCAUUUUGUCACUUUUCCUUUGGUGGUGACUAAAGCCGGCUUCUUUAUGUAAGAAAAUCCUGAUUAUCAGCAAACAGUUAAGCAUUAAAGCCAAGUGAACAGAGUUUUCAUCCAAUUAAUAUUUUUAAAUAUUGAAUUUCUCAUGAGGAAUACAUAUAUACCUACAGACAAAUACAAAUACAGCAGUAUGUACACAAUGACAACAGAAAUUGCACAGUUUUAACAGUCUGAUCAGUAUAUUAGCCACCAAGAGCAGUAACAAAAGAUGGCAGUCUUCAUUUUAGGUGCCUGGUGAAACUUUGGACAUAAAUGUUUAAAGGGCCUGUCAUUAUUGUGAAGCUAUAAAAUGUAGAAUUUUUUUUUUAAAAUACAGUGCAGCUUAAUGCAGCCAAUAUCUUUGACUCUCCUGUAUGUGUGGUGAAAAUGAAAGACUUGAAUUAUUGCCAAAGCACUUUGACUGUUUUUCUAAUUUUAGAGAUGGGGUUGUAAAGGUGAAACCGAUCCUUAGCCCAGCAUUAUAUGAGUGGGAAGAUAAUGCUAACUCAAACCCUUUACUUGAACUUUCACAUAUUUUUUUUUGCUUAACAGGAUGCACCAGUUUGUUUCUGUUUCUUGUUUUUUGUUUGCAUUUGGCUGAUAUUUCCUGUUUCAGCAAAUACCCAUAUGCAUUUAUUUGAUGAUCUUAAUGCGGAUGCAGGUAUAGUCAUCAAAAGUAAUGAAGCACAAACUAUUCUGUGAUCAUGUUGAUACUGAUAUUGGUGCAACUCAAAUACAUAAUCUCACUGAUGUUACAAAGUGUUCACAGUAACAGUAUAUUUGUCAGAUUAAUGUGUCUGGUGCCCAUAAAGAGCUUAUAUUUUAUUAAAUUAACUGAAUUACAUCUGUUUCCCAGGAGACACUUUUCUGUGUUAUAUGAAUUGUUUAGUUGGGAUGUUGGCUUGGUACCAUUUCUGUUAUCUGCGAUGAAAGAACUGUAACGUUUGACACACAUGCAGGGCUUAUAUCUAGUGCUUAUGUUCUCCAGCAGAGGCAAUAAUAUCCCAGCGAAUAAGCUACUGUAAUAAGCUGGCCUAGAAUCGAGGCAUAUUCUCAAGGACUGUUGGGUGGACUUUGUCAGAUACGACAGCAAAUUCAUGUGCUUGAUGCUUCUUAAUUUACUCAACUGUCAGUAAGAGCAAACCCAGCUAUUGACUGGAUUCAAUGAUUUAUUUUUGCACUGUAUCUACAGAUCUGUGAAAAUGUUGCAUUUGUUGUACUCCUUGUACAUCUGCGUUUUGUAAAAUAUUGGGGCCAUGAGUUGUGACAUUCUCUCCAUCUUGUUUUCUUGACUGUUUGCUAGGAUAUCGGAGAUGAGUUUCUCUGAUUUAAACUGUUCUGUAGCACAGAUAUUUUAUAACAAUGUUUGCAUUUAUGGAAUGAAAUAACACUAUCUCUUUUACA